AUGUCUAGUCCAGAGAGACUGAUAUCACAAAUCGACGGUGUGGUCUACGUGGAUGAGGUGGCCCCUAUGGGCAGUGCUGGCAUCGACACCGAGCUAUACCAUAACAUAGCAGCUGCGAUGUCCGGACUGAAUUCCGAGGCGGCCCCGAAGACUGCAGGCCAGAUAAGGAAGAAACUGGACCAGAUGAUAUCGAAGGCUAGGAAGCUCUUGGACGAGCACCAAGAGGUCGGCUUUAUUCGCCAGAAGGUCCCACCAAUGCUGAUGAGACUCGCCAAUGAGUAUCGGAGGAUCAACACCCGAUCUACAUAUGGCUACAGUCCUCAAGAGCUAUUCUACGGUUUCGAUGCUCUAACGCCCUUCUCAAGACGGUUUGAAGACGUCAGCAACACUAUCGACGAAGACUCUGUCCGUUUCGAGGCUCGACGUCGUGAUCGGGAACGACAGAGAAUGGUCGACAGCACUCUCAACGUAAUGGAGAAGAUGCGUGCUGAUGCUCUCUCGCGUAUCAAUCCAUCAACCUACACUCGACAAGUCGCACGACGACGUCUAUUCAAGGUUGGUGACUCCGUGAUGAAGUGGGUCCGUAACGUCGACCCCCUUACUCCUUCAUGGAGAGGCCCUCUACUGGUUCAACAAGUACUUGGCGAUUCUACUUACAAGCUUUCCGACGGCACUGUUCAAGAUUCCAGAAAUAUGCGGAAGUACUUCGGUAAAGCCCAGAAUAUGAAUCCCAUUACUAUUGCAUAUAUUCAGUAG